AUGUGGAAAAACUCAGUCAGACGUUUGGGCGGGUCACCUAGAGUAUGGCUUAACUAUGGUAAGCCACAGAAUCCAGAAUAUAACGAGUUGGCUUCGAGGAUUGAACCAGUCCGCAGAACAGGCGAAACAUUAGAAAUUAAGCGGGCUCGCUUGACGUACCAAUCCCGGAAGAGGGGGAUUUUGGAAAGUGACUUGUUGUUGUCUAGAUUUGCCAAGAAGCAUUUACACACUUUCAACAUGGAACAACUAGAUGAGUAUGACAGUCUUUUGGAUGAGGCUGACUGGGAUAUUUAUUAUUGGGCCACUGGCAACUACGAUGUGACUCCAAUUCCAGAGAAGUGGAAAAAUUCGGAAGUUAUGAAGAAGUUGCAGGAAGAUACCCAGAACAACUCGGGCGAAAUCUUGCGCAUGCCUGACUUACAUUAA